CAUACCUCAGCGUACUUUUAACAUGGAGGAGAGCCCGGCAGAAUAACUUCCAGUCGCUUACAGUAUCCACAACCAGACUGUCAGAGAGGAGACCGAUCUUUACAAUGACCCGUUAAAUUCCUGCUGCCGAUGCUUUCUUUGGAGAGUGGAUUGACAAUCUCCUAACAACUGAGGAGACGAGCAGAGGCCUUUAUUCCUUUAUUUCAGUCUUCAGAUGGACCGAGUGCCCUCGGCACUGGCCGCUAAGAUGCGCUGGAUCACGCUGGUGCUUGCCGGCUUGACUUUUUGGGGCAAAGUGACUAUUUCUAACUGUUUCGACUACGAGGAGCCAGACUAUGACUAUUACGAAGAGGACAGAGCGGAGACCAUUGACUACAAAGACCCAUGCAAAGCUGCUGUAUUCUGGGGCGACAUCGCUUUAGACGAGGAGGACCUGCGAAUGUUCCAGAUUGACAGGACGAUAGACCUCACACAGCACACACACAUGCACUCACACUCGCGGCAGGGGCACACAUCUGGUGGCCAGGAGGAACAAGAAAUUGCAAAGAAGAGAGGCUCGUUAUACCUGCUGCUGGAAAGAAUACGUAGAUUUGGCUUUGACUAUCUCCCCAAGAAUGUCAGCAAGGGAGCUGCCAGUCCCAAGAGCCCAACUGGGAAAGGUGGGAGGGCUGGGAACGUUGUGAAGAGCCGUAUUCCUCGAGCAGCCACAUCCCGAGCUGAGAGGAUAUGGCCUGGAGGAGUCAUUCCCUACGUCAUAGGAGGAAACUUCACUGGUAGUCAGAGGGCCAUGUUUAAGCAGGCCAUGCGUCACUGGGAGAAACAGACGUGCGUAACUUUCAUUGAGAAGACAGACGAAGAAAGCUACAUAGUGUUCACCUACAGACCCUGCGGGUGUUGUUCCUAUGUGGGUCGGCGUGGCAACGGGCCCCAGGCUAUCUCCAUAGGCAAGAACUGUGACAAGUUUGGCAUCGUGGUGCACGAACUGGGCCACGUCAUUGGCUUCUGGCAUGAGCACACACGGCCUGACCGUGACGAUCAUGUGACCAUCAUCCGGGAUAACAUCCAACCAGGCCAGGAGUAUAACUUCCUCAAGAUGGAGCCAGGGGAGGUCAACUCUCUUGGGGAGCCAUAUGAUUUUGAUAGCAUCAUGCACUACGCUAGGAACACCUUCUCACGGGGGAUGUUCCUUGACACCAUCCUUCCAUCCAGAGAUGAAAACGGGGUCCGGCCUGCAAUUGGCCAGCGGACCAGGCUCAGUAAAGGAGACAUUGCACAGGCAAGGAAGCUGUAUAGAUGUCCAGCAUGUGGAGAGACGCUCCAAGAAUCAACGGGCAACUUCUCGUCUCCUGGUUACCCCAACGGAUACCCUUCAUACACACACUGUGUCUGGAGAAUAUCUGUUACACCAGGAGAAAAGAUUGUUCUUAACUUCACCACCAUGGAUCUGUAUAAGAGCAGUUUGUGCUGGUAUGACUACAUUGAGGUUCGGGAUGGAUACUGGAGGAAAGCUCCACUUCUUGGCAGGUUUUGUGGGGAUAAAGUUCCUGACGUCUUGAUUUCCACUGAUAGCAGAAUGUGGAUUGAGUUCCGCAGCAGCAGCAAUUGGGUGGGAAAGGGCUUUGCUGCCAUUUAUGAAGCAAUCUGUGGGGGCGAGAUCACCAAAGACUCAGGACAGAUUCAGUCUCCCAACUACCCUGAUGACUACAGACCUUCCAAAGAGUGUGUGUGGAGGAUCACUGUGUCCGAGGGCUACAACGUCGGGCUCAGCUUCCAGGCCUUUGAGAUCGAGAGGCACGACAGCUGUGCAUACGACUACCUGGAGGUUCGGGAUGGCCCUCUGGAGACAAGCCCCCUGAUUGGUCGAUUCUGUGGCUACGACAAACCUGAGGAUGUGCGAUCUACAUCACACACACUCUGGAUGAAGUUUGUCUCAGACGGGACGGUGAACAAGGCCGGCUUUGCUGCAAACUUUUUCAAAGAGGAGGAUGAGUGUGCCAAGCCGGACAAUGGUGGAUGUGAACAGAGGUGUGUAAACACUCUCGGCAGCUUCAAGUGUGCCUGUGACCCGGGCUAUGAACUAGCUCCUGACAAGAAGAGCUGUGAAGCGGCGUGUGGCGGCCUUCUCUCUAAGUUGAAUGGGACCAUCAGCACUCCAGGCUGGCCUAAAGAGUAUCCACCAAACAAGAACUGUGUGUGGCAGGUGGUUGCUCCCACUCAGUACCGCAUCUCCAUGCAGUUUGAGGCCUUUGAGCUGGAGGGAAAUGAGGUGUGUAAAUACGACUACGUGGAGGUGCGGAGCGGCCUCUCAUCCGACUCUAAGCUCCAUGGUAAAUACUGUGGCACCGAGAUCCCUGAGGUCAUCACCUCCCAAUACAACAACAUGAGAAUUGAGUUCAAGUCCGACAAUACCGUCUCCAAGAAAGGCUUCAAGGCUCACUUCUUUUCAGACAAAGAUGAAUGCAGCAAGGACAACGGCGGCUGCCAGCACGAGUGCAUCAACACAGUGGGCUCUUACGUUUGUCAGUGUCGCCAUGGCUUUGUACUGCAUGAGAACAAACAUGACUGUAAGGAAGCUGAGUGUGAGCAUAAGAUCCACAGCCCCACUGGGACCCUGAGCAGCCCUAACUGGCCAGACAAGUAUCCCAGCCGUAAGGAGUGCACGUGGGACAUCACAGCCACGCCGGGGCACCGAGUCAAGAUUACCUUCAACGAAUUUGAGAUUGAGCAGCAUCAGGAGUGUGCGUAUGACCAUCUGGAGGCCUUUGACGGGGACAGUGACACGGCAGCCAUCCUGGGCCGACUGUGUGGCAGUAAAAUCCCAGAACCGCUGGUCUCCACUGGAAACAAGAUGUACCUCCGCUUCAUCUCUGACGCCUCAGUACAAAGGAAGGGCUUCCAAGCUACGCACUCCACAGAGUGUGGAGGUCGUCUGAAAGCAGAAGCUCGUCAGAAGAACCUCUACUCCCACUCCCAGUUUGGAGACAAUAAUUACCCAGGCCACACAGACUGUGAGUGGCUGCUGACGGCUGAACAGGGUUACGGCAUCGAGCUGAGCUUCAUCACGUUUGAGGUAGAGGAGGAAGCUGACUGUGGGUAUGACUACAUUGAGCUGUACAACGGGUACGACGCUAACUCACAUCGACUUGGUCGCUUCUGUGGUUCAGGGCCCAGGGAAGGGAUUUACUCGCCCGGAGAUGCCAUGCUGAUCCGUUUCCAUAGCGAUGACACUAUCAGCAAGAAGGGCUUCCACAUCCUCUACACGAGCACUAAGUUCCAGGAGAGCCUUCACACCAGGAAAUGACCUCACACGCAGCCCGCAACCUCUGACCUCUGUGCAGCCCCGCCACUGUUACCCUGACCUUCACCAUGGCAACGAGAAAAGUACAGCCUGUCCCCCCAUCUCGGACACAGGCAGAUGAGGAAGACAGUACUUUCGUGAACAGGAACAACAACGAGAUAUCGAUAUGAGUUUCAGCAGACGUGGGGAAAUGCGCUGACGACUGAGUGAGCCAUUUUCGUGGAGGAGAUGGUUUUCAUCACCGCACAUCAAGCUGCCCUCGUUCAGUGUGAAAAGAGGGUUGCAGCAGAUCCAAAUCAGUUUACUGAGAUACUCAUGGUUGCACAGCAAAAGAUUACGAACACAAAUACACACACACACACACACACCCUAGAUUCAUAUUCAGAAUUAUAAACUUUGGAUGCUAAAGGAACUAAAGAGCUACAAGGAAAUGCAUCCAGGAGUCUGUUCUGGCUCCUUAAUCCUUGAACUAUGCGACUUACUGUGAUCAGACGGCUGCUUAUCACCCACAGUAACUGAGAGGAAACACUAAACAGACAUUUUUAUUGCCUUUGAUGCCUGGGAACUGGUCUCUUCAACCCAGCUCAGAACGGCUGCAGAUGAUUUUAUUUCAUGUCUUAUUGUAAAACCCAUUGUGUUUACUGUAUGUGUGUUUAC